AUGACACAAAUUGCUGCAGCUGUAGAGGCCCAGCUAUGCGCACAGAAACAACAGCAACAAGACCCUAGACCUGCAGAAGGGUUGACUGCACCAAUGGCUGAGUGGAAAAUGGAGCUAAGCACAAGAAGAAUAGGGCACAGAGCACGAAUGGCUAUGCAGCUUCCAUUGCCUGGCAGGGACUCUCAAACUGCAUACCAGAUAGAAGGUGGAUGGGGCAACAGACCAUUUGAUAUCGCUCAUUCUAGACUCUCAGACUGCGUACCAGAGAGUAAGGUGGAUGGGGCGGACCAUUUGGUAUCCUCUGCUUGUUCUGCGAGCUUUCAUUAUCUGGCAGGGACUCUCAAUUGA